CCUAUUGAUUCACCCACCCUUAUGUAACUGCUCUGGCUUAUAUAUUCUUGUCCUGUUCGUUGCUUCAACGGCAAGGGCUCUCUGCAGAGAUCUUGCUUCCAGCCACCAUGGAGAAGGCCCUGGUCCAACUCAGUCUGUUCCUCGUCAUGUUCCUGGGCAGAGGAUCUUGCCUGACCUGCGAAACUUGCAUUAGUCCUGGCGAAGGAUGCAACGGCUUGGCCCGCUCCUGCGGCCCAAAUGAAGACACUUGCCUGACCCUAAUCGGGGAGAAUAUUUUGGGCGGAGGCGACACCACGGAAACCCUCAAGUCCUGCGUCGCUGCUGACGAUUGCUACGCUGGCUCCAUAAGCCUCAGCACCGGGGCCGGAGUCCACAUCCGGAGCUUUUCCAGAUGCUGCCAGGACGACCUCUGCAACCAGUGGGCCCUGAACUUGCCACCAGCGAAUCUCAACCCCAAUGGGCUGCGAUGCCCAGUCUGUUUGGCCCUUGAGUCUAACCACUGUGAAGGGAAUGAGACUCUGACCUGCACAGGAGCAGACAAUCACUGCGUCUUCGUGUCAGGGACAGUGAACAUAGCCGGUCAACCCUCCCUCUUCGCAGCCAGGGGCUGCGGCACAGCUACAACGUGCUCUUUGCCACUGCGGGUUGGGCUUUAUUCUGCCAGCAUCGUUUUUACCCUUGACAAGGUGCUGUGCAGCCCCGAACACCCAGCCCCGAACACCAGCAGUCAUGGGAAGAAGCUGUCUCAAGAGUGAUGGCCCUGAAUGGAUCUCAACCUUUCCUUCCACAGACCUCCUGACUUUUCCCCUCUCUUUCAUUCACUUUUUCUCCCAUUAAUAAACCGGUAUGAAAACCAGAAAA